AUGGCCAGCGGCGGCGUGGUGAAGCACAUCCUGCUGGCACGCUUCAAGGAGGACGUGACGCAGGAGCGCCUGGACGAGCUCAUCCGCGGAUACGCCGCGCUCGUCGCCGCCGUCCCCUCCAUGAAAGCCUUCCACUGGGGAACUGAUGUGAGCAUAGAAAACCUGCAUCAAGGGUUCACGCACGUCUUUGAGUCUACAUUUGAAAGCACGGAAGGAAUCAAGGAGUACAUUGAGCACCCUGCACAUGUUGAAUUCGCAAAUGUGUUCUUGCCUGUAUUGGACAAGGUCAUCGUGAUCGACUAUAAGCCAACUUCGGUCAACUAG